AUGCACGGUCAAAAUAGUAACUCUUACGACGAAUAUGGCAAUACUCAAACCAACUACACAGGCUUUUCACCAAGCUAUAUACCGCCAAAUAAUCCACCUUCUCACACUAGUCACUCAGAUUCCCCAUCACAACAACCAUCACAGCCCCAGUUGCUAGAACCCUUUCAGCAACAGCAACCUCUUGAGGAAUGUCAGGAAAGUUUUGGUCAGCACAAUUCUUUUGAACGUCGACAGCUCCAUCAGCCGCAAACAUUUAUCCAACAACAAGCCCCGUCUCAAUACCUAAUGCCACAACCAUCGUCAAAGCCCCUUCCAUAUUCAUUGCCUUCAACCCAGUCGUCUCAAGUCCAAUCGAUGCCCCAAUCGCAGCCAUUUUCUCAAUUGCAAGAUCCCAUUGGUCUCGAUGUCAUGAAUUUCUUCGAGGCUCAAUCUCAAUCCUCAGUACAAAGUCAUCCACAGAUGCCCAUGGAUUUCUCCUCGGACUCAUUGCAAAACUUUGAGAUGUUGGCCAUGUAUGAAGUCGAAAAUCGUCGACAAGAUAUUGUGCCAAACUUAUCUGGAGCCCAGGCUUCGCUCCAGAAUGAUGCGUCGGGUCAAGACACAUAUCGGUUGUCUAGAUCACACUUAGGCAGUACCGACACUAUAGAAAUUGGCAGGAUAAGAGAUUUGGUAUCUGCUUUCCGAGAUCGUCUUCUUUCACGCAGCUACUUCGUUUUUCGUUGGAGCAGAGACCUGGAACGUACUCUCUCAACUCUUAUUUCGGAAGCUCUCGAUGACGUGCAUACUGCCAUCAGCCAAAUGUGGCCCACGUUUUCUGAGUCUAACAUCAAACAGGCACAUUCGCUGUUGAUUAAAUUACAAAACCAAAAUCCUUCGCUGGCCAAGAGACCGUUUGAGAAUCUUCUCAAGAAUCGACUCACCCGGCUUCUUCCAUAUCUGGGCUGCGACUUGCAUCUAGUUUGUAGUAUUUUGCGAAGACCUGAUGUUCAUAUACAACAAAAGAGUAUCCGGAAUCGCAGAUAG